GCCAACGUCAAAGUCCAAAAGUAGGAUUUGGUCACAAACAAACGGAGUACACAGACAGAUUGAUCAGAGAGACAGCAGGGAUGUGGGUUCUCUCAGUCGUUGCGCUAGGCUUUCUCCUAGCCACUCCAGCUCUAGGCGGGGUGAAGGACCUCAGUUCACACUUCAGCACUCAGGAGACGGAGAAAGAUGGCAACAAGCCUGUGGAUCCCCGAGGGUUUUCACAAGGAGGUGAAGACCUGAACAUUGAGUCUAUUCCUCUGGACUUCCAUCGGGAGAACACGGUCACUAAUGACCUGACCCUGGAGGGCUUGGAGGAGGAGGACUACAUUGAUUUUGAUAAGAUCCUGGCAGGAGGUGACGAUGAUUACACCGAAGGUGACGCCAUAGAUGAGAUCUCCACUCCAGCACCAGGCCUUGAUCUCAUGUCUGAACCGUCAGACCCCAAAGUACGAAGGGCACGACUCCUGCGCCUCUUCCACAGUCGGACGAGGCUACAGCGCAUCAACGUGGUCAAUUCCCACUUCGGGUUCCGCCUCUACCGGAGUAUCCGCAACCAAAUGAACCAGACAGAUAACAUCCUGCUGGCCCCUGCUGGAAUCUCCAUCGCUAUGGGAAUGAUGGCUUUAGGUACAGGUCCAUCCACACAUGAGCAGCUCUAUCACGCACUGGGCUUCAACGAAUUUGUUAAUGCGAGCAGCCACUACGAUAACUCCACCGUGCACAAACUCUUCCGAAAACUCACACAUCGCCUCUUCAGGAGAAACUUCGGAUACACCCUGCGCUCUGUAAAUGACCUUUAUGUGAAGAAGAACGUUAAGACCAAGGACGGCUUCCGCAGCGAGGCGAAAGCGUACUACUUCGCUGAGCCUCAAUCGGUGGACUUCACAGACCCCAAGUUCCUUACGAAGGCAAACCAGCGCAUUCAGAAGAUUACCAAAGGGUUAAUAAAGGAGCCACUGAAGAGUGUUGAUCCCAACAUGGUGGUAAUGCUUCUAAACUACCUCUACUUUAAAGGAACAUGGGAGCAGAAGUUUCCUAAGGAGCUGACGCACUUCCGCAACUUCCGCGUGAACGAGAAGCACCAGGUUCGAGUGGCCAUGAUGCAGAAUAAGGGGAGCUACCUGGCAGCAGCGGAUCACGAGCUGCACUGUGACGUUCUACAGCUUCCUUAUAAAGGAAACAUCAGCAUGAUGAUCGCUGUUCCCCAGAAGCUCUCUGGCAUGAGAACCCUGGAGCAGGAGAUCUCACCCACCGUCAUAAACAAGUGGCUCAACAACAUGACCAACCGCACGCGUGAGGUGGUGUUCCCGCGGUUUAAGCUGGAGCAGAGCUAUGAUCUGAUCAGACAUAUGAAGAAGCUGGGCCUGACCGACCUCUUCACAGAAAAGGGCGACUUCUCCCCCAUGACCUCUGAAAAGGUCACCAUCAACUGGUUUCAGCACCAGGGCACCAUCACGGUGAACGAAGAGGGGACGGAGGCGGCAGCCAUGACCCACAUCGGCUUCAUGCCUUUAUCCACACAGACGCGCUUCGUCGUGGACCGACCCUUCCUCUUCCUCAUCUACGAGCAUCGCACCGACUGCCUGGUCUUCAUGGGCCGAGUCUCAGACCCCUCAAAGAGUUAAAUUUUACUGCCUGGCAGAAACAUUACUGUAGACUUAGCACUGUUACCAGCAGAGGGGUGGGCUGCUGUACUUAUAGCUGCGGUGCUGGCAGCAUAAUAAUCAUAUAAAACAACGAUUCAGUUUAAUUUAAAUGUGUAACAUGAAAUAUGCCAAACAGAAAAAUAAAGAUUUUUUAACGAUA